AUGUCAGACCCAAUCUCAGAGUACGGCUUCACGGCCGUGCAUGCCUCGGCAAAACAACUCCUCCUCAGCAGCAACAACAACAACAACAACAAUUCCUCCGGGCUUGGACCCUCACCCUUGUCGCCAGUCUCCAUUCCCGUGCCAGACACAGCCCUCUCCAAGCGCAUCCAAUCCUACGCGAAGAAGCAUCUCCCCGAAGCCACAUACAACCAUAGCAUGCGCGUCUACUACUACGGGCAGGCAAUCAGGAGAUACCGCUUCGCAGAGUGGAGCUUCGCCGACGAGACUUACUUUUUGAGCUGCCUCUUGCACGACAUUGGGACCACCGAGGAGAAUCUGCACGCAACUCGGCUGAGUUUUGAGUUCUAUGGCGGGUAUCUAGCUUUGGAUGUGCUGCAAAAUGGCGAUGCCAAUGCCAUCGCGCCGCGGGAGCAGGCAGAGAGUGUCGCGGAGGCGAUUAUUCGGCACCAGGAUCUUUGCGAAGUGGGCAAGAUAACUGCAGUGGGACAAUUGGUGCAGUUGGCGACCAUUUUCGGUGCGGACAUCAGAGAUAUGUACCUACCUGCCUAA